AACUCAUUCGACAUGUACCAAGAUGAAGAUGGGCCGCCAACUGGUCCAAAUACUCAAGAGGCUCCAAUCCAAGAAGAAUAGUGAAGAUUCAGAUAAUUUUGUAGUUCUACCAUUUUGCAGUGGCUUAAUUGCAAUUAAAAGUUUAAUGCUUUUAAGUCCUUUAUUUUUCCUAAUUUCCAACUGAGCUCCCCAAUCUCAAAGCUUUACACUUUUUUACUUCCCCAAUAUUCCAUGUAAGCAAAUACACCCCUCUGACUCUGAGAGUCUUUUUCGCCACCCAGUCACUGCCCUAAAACCCUAAUUCACCUUCCCAAACCCUUAAUUUCCCCUAAUUGCAAUCGGCAAAUCAUGCCCAAUUCCCCAAAUUAGGGUUUUCAGUUCCCACUUCCGCCCAAAGAUGUCCUCCGAAAAAUUAGGUCUGGUUCCGACCCAGAACGGGCUCAACUCUCAGCUCGUUUUCCAAGACGAGAACUUGCGCUUCAAUUGCGGAGCUCCGCCUCAGCGCCGGGUCGGGGACUCGGGUCCGAAGACCCGAGAGCUCAGCGGUUUCAUUGAUGACCGGUUUUUCGCGCCGCAAAGCGCUGAUUUCCGCCCCAGCAUGUAUAACGAGAAUCCGGACCGCCGGGAGCCACCCGAACCCCGAAACUGGAACUCGAAUGGAGCCGACACGACUCCGAGCGGUGAGGGAUCGGACGAGGAUGACGACGACGACGACGACGAGGAUGACGUGGACAAUGAUGAUGAGGCUGAUGAAGGUGACGCUGAAGUUGGAGGGCUUGUCGGAGUGGAUAACAGAAACAAGGGCAUUGCCAGUAAUAAUGGGAACAAUGGCGAAGACAAAAUGGGAAAUGGGAAAGUUAAGCACCAUAACCAGCACCAUUCUUCUUUUGUAGGAUCAAGUAGAGAGGUGUUGGUGAAAGACCAUAGUGUGGGGCAGCAAAUAAUGAACAACAACACAAGGGCUAGUCCCAGUGAUACUCAGCAAGGAAGGCUUGGAAACUAUCACAAUGUGGUCACAGUCGCAGAACCAGACGGUGAAAUUUAUUAUUCUCAGUAUUUGCAGGGGUCUGAGGGGUCUGGUUCUGCUCAAAAGGAUUCAGUUGUGGAAAAUGGAUGUGGGUUUAGUGGAAGAAAGGAUGUUAUGUAUUCGUCUGAGUCUGGAGACUCUUUGAGAGCAAUUCUCUCUGAUCCUGUGACGGGAGCUCUGAUGGAUGAUGCAAUGAUAUUGCCUUGCGGGCAUUCCUUUGGAGGUAGUGGAAUACAGCAUGUUAUUAGAAUGAAAGCUUGCUACACCUGUUCUCAGUCAAUUUCAGAAGAUUCAAUUGCCCCAAAUCUCUCUCUUCGAGCUGCUGUGCUGGCAUUCCGCCGGGAAGAAGAGUUACAAUUUUAUCGCUCAUCCAAAAGAAGAAGAGAAAGGUUUGACCAGGAAAAGGGUGGUUACAGUGAUUCAGUUCUCGUGGACACUCCGAGGGGUAGAGGUGUUCAGUUUCCAUUUGUAGUGACAGACCGAGUUAUUAUAAAGGGGAAUAAGAGGACACCGCAGCGCUUUGUGGGGCGCGAGGCUGUUGUCACAACACAAUGCUUAAAUGGAUGGUAUGUGGUAAAGACAUUGGAUAAUGCAGAGAGUGUAAAAUUGCAGUACCGGUCACUUGCCAAGGUAUCCGAUGAACCCUCAUCUAAGCCAAUGUCAAGCAAGAUGGGACCUAACUGGCUCUAGGCGUACAUACAGAAAUAGGAAACGUGAGGCCGUAAUAGUUUGUUGCCUAUUAUGCCAAGCUAUAACUAACUUUGUUGUUUAAGAAGUUUCUGCCCCUACUUAAAGUUGUAUUUCAUUACAAGCAAACACGGUCAUAUGCGGGCCUUGUAAAUUAUAUAGAAGCCUUGUCACAGCUGCUUUGAGGAAAGGCUAUAAUUUAGAUUGUAAAAAUAUGUAUUCAUUUUUCUUCACUUUGAGCAACGUUGUAUUUAAGUCUUUGUAAAAGUUUAUAUAAAGCAUUUUUGGUCUGCGAGA